UGUAUAUACUAGAAAUGGCCUCAGCUGCAGUAAUGAGUAACUAUCAAGAGGAGGAAAUUAUUCGCCCCGUUGCUGACUUCUCUCCAAGUCUUUGGGGUGAUCGGUUCCAUUCAUUCUCCCUUAGCUUGACAAUCAGGUAUUUAAGGAACUUCCUUUGUAAUGCUGUUGCGGAGAAGUACGCUCAAGAGAUUGAAACUUUGAAGGAACAAACAAGGAGUUUGUUGUCUGCUUCUUGUGGAAUAACAUUGACUGAGAAAUUGAAUCUGAUAGACAUUGUUGAGCGUCUUGGCAUAGCUUAUCAUUUUGAGAAACAAAUAGACGAUAUGUUGGACCAUAUUUUUAACAUUGAUCCUAACUUUGAGGCUCAUGAAUACAAUGAUUUAUGCACUCUAUCCCUUCGAUUUCGAAUCCUAAGACAACAUGGUUACAACAUCUCUCCAAAAAUUUUUAGCAGAUUCCAAGAUGCAAAGGGAAAAUUCAAGGAAUCUCUUAGCAACGACAUCAGGGGUCUAUUGAACUUAUACGAAGCUUCACAUGUAAGGACUCAUGGAGAAGAUAUUUUGGAAGAGGCACUUGCUUUCUCCACUUCUUAUCUAGAGUGUGCUGCUCCACAUUUGAAGUCACCACUGAGUAAACAAGUGACUCAUGCCAUUGAGCAAUCUCUUCAUAAGAGCAUUCCAAGAGUUGAAACACGCUACUUCAUCUCCAUCUACGAAGAGGAGGAAUGUAAGAAUGAUGUGUUGCUUCGAUUUGCAAAACUGGAUUUCAACUUACUUCAGAUGUUGCACAAACAAGAACUAAGCCAAGUAUCAAGGUGGUGGAAAGAUUUGGAUUUUGUGACAACACUUCCCUAUGCUAGGGAUAGAGCAGUUGAGUGCUACUUUUGGACUAUGGGAGUGUAUGCUGAACCUCAAUACUCUCAGGCUCGUGUCAUGCUUGCUAAGACUAUAGCAAUGAUCUCAAUCGUAGAUGACACAUUCGAUGCCUAUGGCAUUGUUAAAGAACUUGAGGUCUACACUGAUGCAAUACAGAGGUGGGAUAUUAACCAAAUUGAUCGGCUCCCUGAUUACAUGAAAAUCAGUUACAAAGCACUUCUAGAUCUCUACAACGAUUAUGAAACAGAGUUGUCAAAUGAUGGUAGAUCAGAUGUUGUUCACUAUGCAAAAGAAAGAAUGAAAGAAAUUGUGAGAAACUAUUUUGUGGAAGCAAAAUGGUUCAUUGAAGGAUAUAUGCCGCCAGUCUCUGAGUAUCUUAGCAAUGCAUUAGCUACUAGCACUUAUUACUUGCUUACGACAACAUCCUACUUGGGCAUGAAGUCUGCUAACAAGCAAGAUUUUGAAUGGUUGGCCAAGAACCCUAAAAUUCUUGAAGCCAAUGUGACCUUAUGCCGAGUCAUAGAUGACAUAGCCACCUAUGAAGUUGAGAAGGGUAGAGGUCAGAUUGCAACUGGAAUUGAAUGUUAUAUGAGGGAUUAUGGGGUAUCAACAGAAGUAGCAAUGGAAAAAUUUCAAGAAAUGGCUGAGACAGCAUGGAAGGAUGUAAAUGAAGGAAUCCUUCGACCAACUCCCGUGUCUACAAAGAUUCUCACACGCAUUCUCAAUCUUGCUCGCAUUAUUGAUGUCACUUAUAAGCAUAAUCAAGAUGGAUACACUCAUCCCGAAAAAGUAUUAAAACCUCAUAUUAUAGCCUUGUUGGUGGACUCCAUUGAAAUUUAAAUCAUCAAUUAUUGUGUACAUCUGGGAGCACUUGGUUCCCAACCCCUCAAAUUUGUAUUUGAUUGAUGUUUGAUGCCUUGUUGGUAACUCU